GUAUGUAGCUAUGAGGUUGGCAGACGUGCUACAAAGAAAUUCGAAGAACUUGUUAGCUUAGUUGGAACUCAUUUAAAUCCAAAGCCUUCCUUUAUUGCUGAAAGGUACAAGUUCAGUUUGCGAAAUCAGCAAGAACACGAAUCAAUUGCUGAUUAUAUUGUCAAACUAAAAGAACUUUCAAUCAAUUGUGAAUUUCAAGCAAAUUGGCCAGAUUAUUUGCGGGAUCGUUUGGUGAGUGGUCUGCGGAGUGAUGCAAUCAAAAAGAGGCUGUUAGGCGAACAUGAGUUAACGUAUGAUGCAGCGGUAAAAAUUGCCUUGAGUAUGGAGUUAACAGACAAGGAGGCGGCUUCAUUAUCAUCAGUUCCAGUAGGCCUCCAAAGGGAGGAAAAGAUCGCGCAGCUUCAGCGUCAUGGUGGAGGAGGUAACAGGCCGGUGGAGAGUCAAGGGCGUGGCCAAUCAACAGUUCAUGGACAGCACGGUGCCUGUUUCUGUUGCGGCAAGUACGGCCACCGCGCUGGAAAUUGCAGAUUCAAAUCGUACAAAUGUAACAAUUGUGGGAAAAGUGGACAUUUAGUUAAAGUCUGUAAAGCAAAGGGUAAGUCUUCUUAUUCAUUUAAUAAUAAAGCACAAAACUAUGUGGAUUGUGCAGAUGUUGGGGGUAAUGAUGGUUUUAAAUAUCGAGAUGAUGAUGAAAAUUGUAAUGAAAAUCAUUAUUUAACCAAUCUAUAUACAUUGAAGUCAGAGUAUGAGCGUGACAAAAUUAAUAGUGUAACAAGAAUCAAGCCAAUCACACUAGAAUUAAUAGUUGAAAACAAACCUCUCUUAUUUGAGGUUGACAGUGGGGCUUGUGUAUCAGUAAUUAAUGUAAGAUGUUAUGAGGAAACCUUUUCUCAUCUGGAAUUGCAGCCAACAAAUUUAGUUUUAAGUUCAUAUACUAAUAAUCCAAUCAUACCUAAGGGCAAAGUGGCGGUUACAGUCAAGCAUAAGAACAGGGAACACCAAUUGACAUUGUAUGUAAUUAACAAUGGUGCAAAUCCAUUGAUUGGUAGAGACUGGAUGAGAGACCUCAAAUUGGUAGUUCAAAUCCCAGAAGCUAAAAAUUUGCAUUCCGUUAUUAGUAAACAACCCAUUAAUAACUCGGAAGUAGGUUUAGUUCAUGAGACAGAGUUGAUAAACGAGUUGUAUAAUAAAUAUCCAGGUGUUUUCACAGACAAGUUAGGUUGCUAUAAGGGUGAGUCAGCACGUUUAGAGUUAAAGGAUCAUGUUUAUCCUAAGUUUUUGAAACCUAGGACCAUCCCUUAUGCAUUGCAAGACAAAGUAAAAGCAGAAAUAGAGAGGCUAGAGCAGGAAGGCAUUUUGGAAGCAGUAAGCAACAGUGAAUGGGGUACUCCUAUUGUACCUGUAAUAAAAAGAAAUGGUGAAUUGAGAAUAUGUGCCGAUUUUCUUAGUUCUACUGUUAAUAAAUGCUUAGUUGUGAAUCAUCAUCCAAUUCCUAAAAUUGAGGACUUGUUUAAUAGAUUACAAAAAGGUGAAAAAUAUUCAAAAAUAGAUUUGUCACAAGCUUAUCAGCAAGUAAGACUUGAUGAAGGAUCCAAACAUAUUUGUACUAUAAGCACUCCUUGGGGCCUUUUCAGAUAUAAUAGACUGCCAUUUGGUAUUGCCUCAGCACCUGGUAUUUUUCAACAAAUUAUGGAAAAAAUUCUGGCUGGAAUUCCGGGAGUAGUUUGUUUUCUUGAUGACAUCUUAGUUAGUGGUAAAAACUUGACAGAGCAUUAUGAUAGGUUAACAGAAGUAUGUAAGAGAUUGGAUGCUAAUGGUUUAGCAGUAAGUAAGAAUAAGUGUGAGUUUUUCAAAAAAACGGUGGAGUAUUUGGGAUUUAUUAUUAGUAAGGAGGGAUUGAGAACAGCACCAAGUAAGAUUGCGGCUAUAACAAAUGCCCCUACUCCAACUAAUGUGAGUCAACUCCAAGCAUUUCUGGGAUUAGUAAACUAUUAUUGUAAAUAUGUGCCUAAAUUAGCAACAAUUGCAGCCCCUCUGCAUCAACUGUUACGUAAAGAUAGUGUUUUCAACUGGUCAGUGUCAUGUCAACAAGCCUUUGAAUUGAUUAAAAGUAAAUUAAUUGCAGCGCCUAUACUAGCACAUUAUGAUGCUAAGUUGCCACUUCAAUUAGCUACCGACUCAUCAGCUUAUGGCUUAGGUUGCGUACUGAGUCAGAUUCAAAAAGAUGGAUCAGAAAAACCAAUUUGUUAUGCUUCUAGAACUUUGUCAAAAGCUGAGAAAGGAUAUUCUGUGAUUGAUAGAGAAGCAUUGGCUAUUGUUUAUGGUAUAAAAAGGUUUAAUCAGUAUUUGUAUGGUAAUAAGUUUACAUUACUAACAGACCAUAAACCGUUAUUAUCUAUAUUUGGGUCGAAGAAAGGAUUGCCAGUAUAUGCAGCUAGUAGGCUGCAAAGAUAUGCCUUGUUUUUGACAAAUUAUGAUUUCAAUAUCAAGUAUAUUACAUCUAGAGCCAAUGCCAAUGCAGAUUGCUUAUCAAGACUUCCAUUGAAUGUAAAAGAUUUUGUUUUUGAAAAUGAUAAUGUGGACUAUGUGGGUACAUAUUUACAGUUUAUCACAGAAAAUGACAUUCCUAUUGAUUUUAACUGUGUGAAAUUAGAAACAAGUAAAGAUACACUAUUAAAAAAAGUUUACAGUUAUGUUAUGUAUGGUUGGCCAGAGGGUAAGCUUAAUUCAGACAUGGAAGAUAUGAGACCAUUUUUCCAAAAACAACAUGAAUUAGUUAUAGAGCAGGGUAUUCUGAUGUGGGGACAUAGGGUUAUUAUUCCUUCCUGUUUACGCAAAGCUUUGCUGUCAGAAUUGCAUUGUGGACAUUUAGGCAUCAUAAAAAUGAAAGCAAUGGCAAGGUCGUAUUUUUGGUGGCCAGGUAUAGAUGCUGAUAUAGAAUGUUUGGCUAAUAGUUGUGGAGCUUGCUUAGAACAAAGGCAACUCCCUUCUAAGAGUGUUUUACAUGUGUGGGAAUUUCCCAAGAAACCUUGGGAAAGAAUUCAUCUUGAUUUCUUGGGUCCAAUCAAUUCACAAAUUUAUCUUAUAAUCAUUGAUGCACAUUCUAAGUGGUUAGAAGUAGAGAAAGUGAAUUCUACAGCUGCUAAAGAAACCAUUUCUAAAUUGAGACCUAUUUUUGCUCGUUUUGGUCUCCCUCAGUACCUUAUUUCAGAUAAUGGCCCACCUUUUACAUCCAAUGAAUUUAAUGAUUUUCUCAAGGCUAAUGGUAUUAGACAUACCUUUUCACCUCCUUUUAGACCGGCGACUAAUGGACAGGCCGAAAAUAGUGUAAAAGUAACAAAAAAACGAAUAAAAUGUGCUCUUCUAGAAAAUGAAAAUGUGGAAUUGGCUUUGUGUAGAUUUUUAUUAGCAUAUCGAAAUGCGAUUCAUGCUACUACAAAUGAGAGUCCUGCUAUGUUAAUGUUCAAUAGACCAUUGAGGUCACGUUUGGAUUUAAUUAAACCAAAUUUGCAAAGGGUUGUUUAUGAUAAACAAGACAAACAAGUGGAAAAUUAUCGGGGAGGUAAGACUAGGGAUUUUAAUGUAGGGCAACCUGUGAUUGUUAGAGACUACAGGGGACAAAGGAAAUGGAUUGAGGCAAACAUUGUUGACAAAUUAGGUCCAGUAACAUAUUUGGUGAAACUAAAUAAUGAUAUAAUUUGGAAACGGCAUGUGGAUCAAAUUGUUAGUGCGCAUUACUCAGCUAAAGAAACGACAUUCACACGUGAUUUAUUGUUGACACCACCGAAAGUGAGCUUAGAAGUGGGAGUUCAGAGAGAUAUAAUUAAUCUGGAUAAGGCAUCGCCAACUGAUCACAUCCCAAUCCCCAUUCAAUCCCCUGGCAGGGAAUUACCUUCCAGGAUUCCACAAAACAGAAAGUCACAGCCUCAGCUGUCGGGUGAAGUGUCUAAUGAUAACUCCUCAGAAUCAGAAAUGAGUAGAUAUCCAGUGAGGUUGAGAAAGCCAGUGGAAAGAUUGAAUUUGUAAUAGUAUUUUCAUUGUUAGAUUUAAAUUUAAGAUUCAGUUUGUAAGAGAUAAUUGGAAAUUAAUUGGUAAUUAUUUUUUUCAUAAAAACUAACUAUUUUGUUAUUGUAAUUUGACUUGUGUUUGCAUUGUUUAUGAUUUCGAUUUUUGAGUGUCACUGGUAAUAGUUCUCUUAUUGUUGAAAUAUUUUGUAAAGUUGAAGGGAGGAAUUGUAAUGUAUGUAGCUAUGAGGUUGGCAGACGUGGUUGUUUUCGCGCGCUCUGUGUGAUCAUAAAGGUUAUGUUGGCAUGAUGAAUCGUAGAAAUAAUAAAGUGAGUUAUUUAAAGUAA